AUUAAAUAUGUUAUAUAUAAUUAUAAGUUUGAUCGGUUUGUACUGUGUGACAAAAUAUGUAGUUUAUAAAACCAAUGCCAGGUGUAAAAGUUAUGUGUGUUUGAUGGGGAAAACAGCUCUAAUAACAGGUGGAAAUUCAGGUAUUGGCUUGGAAUUAGCUAAAUCCCUGGCUUGCAGAGGAUGUACCAUAAUUAUAGCGGACAAAAACGACGCUUCAUCAACCGUAAAAAGAAUGAUUAAGGAAACUCAUAAUCCGAAUAUAUUUUGUGAAACUGUGGAUUUUGCCUCAUUCAAAUCGGUCAGGAAGUUUGCGGAAGAGUUCAAAAGGAAAUAUGACAAACUACAUAUUUUAGUAAAUAACGCUGGAGUGGGAUAUCUUCCCACGAUUACAGAAGAUGGACUAGAAGGCACAAUGCAAGUGAAUUAUUUCAGCCAUUUCCUGUUAACUCAUCUUUUGUUAGAACUACUCAUAAAAUCAGGGCCAAGUCGAAUAAUCUAUACCAGUUCCUUGGCAGCAUAUAAAACCAAUUUAUUAAAGAAACCUUUAGUUGGAAACGAAAUUCAGCCCGAUGUUCAGCAGUAUAUGCCCUACGCAAAUUCAAAAACAGCUGGCGCUAUUAUGUCGAAAAUUUUAUCCAAAAAACUGAGAAAUACUGGAGUAACAACAAAUGUUUACCAUCCUGGAAUAAUAUAUACUAAUAUUUUUAAUGAAAUAUAUAAUCUUCCUUUCGGUUUGGACCUAAUUUAUGUAAAUCUCCUGAAAUUGUGGACCUUGUUAUUCGGCAAGAAUAUUGAAGAAGGAAUACAAACAAUGUUACAUUUGACUACAUCUGAUGAAGUGGAAAAUAUAUCAGGGGAAUAUUUCGCAGAAUGCAGACCAGUCUGGCAACCUAAACCAGUAAAUAAUACGAUAAUAUGUGAAGAUAUUUGGACUUUAAGCGAAGAAUAUGUGAAGUUAACUCCUGAUGAAAAAGUCGAAGGUGUAUUAAAAAACCUCUCAGUAAAAAAGACUGAAAAUGAUUAUCUUUGAAAUAUUUUCGAAUAAUCUUGUGUUGUUAAUAUACAGGGUGUUCUAAAAAACAUGUGCCAUCUCUCGUGGGGAGAUUCCUCACGUAAAAAUAAGAUUCUACUUUGUUUCGUAGCUACAGCGUGCUAAAGUCUUAAUAAUUAUAAUUUUCUUCCAAGUACUUUUAAUGACUCGAAUUAAAUUUUGAGUGUAAAAACUGCUAUAAGUGCUACACAUUUUAAUGUAUAUGUUGGUAUGAAAAAUAAAUCUUAUUUUUAUGUGAAUCUCUCUACCUCGGCACAUGUUUUUUUUUGAAACACCCUGUAUGUAUACUAUUUUGAUAAAGCACAAAGUAUUUUUACUGAAUAUAAUAAAUUUGCUAGCCUUAUAAAAAAAAUGUAUAUAUGCAGUGUAUGUAGUAAUUAGGUAUUAUUACAACAAAUUUGAUUAAUAGCAUUAGAAAUUUUAAAUGACAUGUUUUCUAUGAUAAACAAUAAUAUUUUUUCUCCUAUAUUGUUCCAAUACAAUUUACUAAACAAGUUGAAUUUUUUUUAUUACUUUAGACCUAAUAGAAUAGUUUUUCAAUUUGUCCCAUACCAGUUAUUUUAUUCAAAUAUCUAUUACCUCUUGAAAUUCAUUAAGAAGCUGCUACUAUUUGUUUAAAAUAUCAUCUCUGUUGGUAAAUUUAAUAUGUUUUAUAUAAUUCUGAGUUUGAUAGGCUUAUAUUGCGUGAUAAAAUAUAUAGUUCAUACAACCAAUGCCAGGUGUAAAAGUUACGUGUGUUUGAUGGGCAAAACGGCGCUAAUAACAGGUGGCUAUUCAGGUUUGGGCUCGGAAUUGGCCAAAUCCCUAGCUUCCAGAGGAUGUACUAUUGUAAUAGCUGACAAAAACGAUUCUUCAUCAACCGUUAAAAGGUUAAUUAGAGAAACUCAUAAUCCGAACAUAUUUUAUGAACAUGUGAAUUUCGCCUCAUUCAAAUCGGUCAGAAAGUUUGCCAAAGAGUUCAAAAAGAAAUUCAGUAAACUGCACAUUUUAGUAAAUAACGCUGGACUGGCAUAUCUACCCAUAAUCACAGAAGAUGGCUUAGAAGGCACAAUGCAAGUGAACUAUUUCAGCCAUUUUCUAUUGACUCAUCUUUUGUUAGAUUUACUUCUAAAAUCGGCGCCAAGUCGAAUAAUAUACACUAGUUCCUUGGCAGCU